GGUCUCCCCGGACCCUGCAUUCACUAUAUCUGGUCUCCCCGGACCCUGCAUUCACUAUAUCUGGUCUCCCCGGACCCUGCAUUCACUAUAUCUGGUCUCUCCCCGGACCCUGCAUUCACUAUAUCUGGUCUCCCCAGACCCUGCAUUUACUAUAUCUGGUCUCCCCUGGACCCUGCAUUCACUAUAUCUGGUCUCCCCGGACCCUGCAUUCACUAUAUCUGGUCUCCCACAGUACACAGAACAUGGAACUGCCCCCACCCCAAAGAAAAAAAUUUUCUAGCAAUAUACACUAAACUGAGCAUGUUCAGCUUGCCCCCAAGGCUCUGUCCUAUCAGCAGGUAA